GCGGCGGCGGGAGGAUUCGAUCAUGGCCGCGGCCGCCGCCGCCUCCUCCCGGCGCCGCCGCCGCCCCCGCGGCCACCCCAACCCGCUGUUCGCCCGCUGGCUGCGCGAGUGGCGGGACGAGGCGCAGGGGACGUGGGCCAGGGGCACCUACGAGAGGGCCCUGCGCUCGCUCUCCCGGUUCCCGCUCCCGCUCCGUUCCGGCCGCGCCGCCGCCAUCUUGCAGCACUUUGGCCCCGCCCUCUGCGCCCGCCUCGACCAACGGCUGAGCCAGCACCGGCGAGAGCAGGGCCUCCCUGCCACGCCCCCUCGGACAGGGCGGUGCCCAGACCCUCCCCCAGCCCCGCCCACGCGCCGCCCCCGCCAGUCCCGGCCCCUCCCCCGCUCCAAGAGCCACGCCCUGCUGCUGGUCCUGAGCCAGAGCCCAGAGCCCCUCCCAGAGGCGGAGCUUCUGCAGCAGGCCCAGCCCCUCUGUGACCACGCCCUGACCCCGGCGGCUCUGGGCCCCCUCCUGCGCCGGGGGCUCGUGCAGAGGAGCGGCCUCCCCCCCAGGUACGCGCUGACCCCGAGGGGGCGGAGCCUCGCCCAGGCCCCGCCCCCCGGGCAGGUGUGCCCGCAGCGCCCCCUGGCGGAGCAGGACGAGAACUGCGCCCCCUCCCCCCCCGCGUGCGACCUCGAGCAGGAAUUUGAGCUCAGACCUGGCGAGUUCGAGAUCGUCCUGUGCGCCGACGUCACCGAGGCCAACGGCCCCUCCGGGGGGGUCCCGGCCCUGCUCCGUGCCCGGGGGGUCCCGGUGCUCCUGCGGCGCCUCCCCGUCGGCGACUUCCUCUGGGUGGCCCGCGAGAAGGACCCGCCCACAGGCCACGCCCCCCGGGAGCUGGCGCUGGACGUGGUGGUGGAGCGGAAAUCGGCGGCGGAUCUGGGGAACAGCGUCAGGGACGGGCGGUACCGGGAGCAGAAGUUCCGGCUGCGGCGCUCGGGGCUGCGCUGCCCCCUGUACCUGCUGGAGGAGCCGGGGGAGGGGGAGCGCCUGCCCCUCCCCCUGCCCACCCUGCGCCAGGCGGCCGCCAACACACAGGUGGUGGACGGGCUGCUGGUGGUGCGCACCAGGGACCCCCAGGACACGGCGGCGUAUCUGGGGGUGCUGGGGGAGCAGCUGAGGAGGAGAUUUGGGGGCCGCGUUCUGCGGGCGUGGGGGGGGGCUGUGAGCGCCCGGGCCCCCCCGAGCCCCCCCGGGACCCCCCUGGCCCUGCUGCCCCUCCAGAGGCUGCGGGAGGGGGGGGGCAAGAACCAACCCAGACCGUGGGGGGCCGUGUUCGCCCGGCAGCUGCUGCAGCUGAGGGGGCUCAGUGGGGGCAGGGCCGGGGCCGUCCUGCGCCGCUUCCCCACCCCCGCCAGCCUCAUGGCCGCCCUGGGACCCUCCGGGGACCCCCAAAAGUGCCGGGAGGUGCUGAGCGCCCUGCGCUGCGGCCCCGCCCAGAGGAAUUUGGGCCCCUCCCUCAGCGGGGCCCUGGUGCAGCUCUACGGGACCCCGGGGCCACUGGCCUGAGGGGACAGCCCGCUGUCACCCCCCUGUCACCCCCUGUCACCCCCUGUCACCCCUGUCACCCCUGUCAUUGUCACCCCCCAAUAAAGCCCCUCCCCCACC